GCGCAGUCCCGAUUGUUUGUUUUUCAUUGGCCCGUUGGUCGUUCGCUGCCGUAUAAACACGUUAUUUACCGCAGUCGCAGUGCACAGUCCGACGUCUGGCGUCUGAGCACUCCGGGCCUCAAGGUUUGGGUAAUUGGUGGGUCUCGGGGUCGCGAAUUUUCCGUAGUUCUUCGUAUCCAACUGCACCAUACUGUAAUUUGAUAAGAAAAAUUCCCGUCGCCGUGUAAACGUUGUUUCGCCAUUCGUCGUCCUGGUCGGGGGUGGCUGAGUGUAAACGGGGGUGGAAAAUAUCGGACGGCGAAACUCGAACGGCGAUAAGAGCGCCGUACGCUCUCGCUGUCGGUUACGCGGUCGCGUACGACUGGUAUCGCGUAGCGACGGCAUAAUAUCGCUGAACCGAUCGAGGAGGCGACGUCGUCUGGUCUGGAAACCAUCCGGCCGUCGCGAUAUCCGCGUCGGAUGAUUCAAUACUGCCCGAAAUUUGUUCGUCCCGGACAUGGGUGGACAGUAAUUGUAGUGUAGUGUAGUAAUUGUUCCGUUUCUCCCGACAUGCCCGUCGAGACGACUAGCGAAACGACGGAACAGCAGGUUUCCACUGUGGAGGAGAACUCGCUGAAACAGUCGGAACCUGACUUGCCUGAUACUGAACUACCUGAUGAUGAUCCUAAUGAACCAACACCUUCGACAUCAAAAAAUGUGUUAACAAAUGGUUUAAAGCGACCUUUGCCAGAUGGAGUAGAUGGUGAUAAAAAAAAAAAAUUUAGACUGACUGAUGAAAGUGAAGAUGAACUGGAAGUUACUAAUAAAGAUGAUAAUAAAACAAGUCAUAUUGAACUGUUGUUACAAAAAGUUUCGGAGUCUCUAGAAAAUUCAAGUGAUGAUGAAUCUAAUGUUUCCAAUAAUUCACAUGAUAAUCUAAAUAAUAAAAAAAAUCUAUCCUUUAAUUUGAUUAACCAUAAUGGUAAGAAUGGAAUUGAUGAUAAAAAUUGUAAGGAGGAUUAUCCGGAUAAAAAUACUUUAAAUAAAGAUAUCAGUAAGGGUAGAAAAAAAAAUAAUCCAAGUGAUAUAUUACUUAAUAUAUUAAAUAAUGUUGAGAAAAAUCUUAAUGAUAGUAGUAUCGGAAACAGUAAGGAUACUGUAAAAAAUGGUAAAAAUAUAUUAACUAGGAACGAUAUACUUAAUAGCAAUGGUAUUUCAUGUUUAAAUAAAUCAUCGUCAUCAGACAAUUUAGCUAUCACUGAAAAUUCAGAUCACGGAAAUGUUGCUGUUGUUAAUGAUAUUCAGAUAACAGAAAAUAUAUCUACAGCAGUUAAUGAUUCAACUGUAAAAGAAAGUAAUUCAAACCUUUCAAAUACCAAGAUAUAUACAAUUGAAAACAUUGUAAAUAGUAAAAAAGAUGAUGCAAACCCUUUGCUAGAAUUAAAAAAUAAAAUACAUUUGACAAAAAAUACUAAUGAAACUAAAUCUAUUGAAAGUCCAUGUAAUAGUAAUAUAAAUAAUAGUGAAAAGGUCGAUGUUUGUUCCAAUGGUAUUGAACAAAAUUUUGAACUCAUAGAUUCUGACAAUAGUUCUGACAUUUCAUUAUCUGAUUUAAAUGAUUUUCCUGAAGAUAUCAGUAGUAUUAUAAGUGGAGUAAAGCAGAUUUCCAAAGAUAGUUUUCCACGGUUAUUAAAAUUGUUUAGUAGUAAUGAAUUGACUUUUGAGCAAUUUGACAGCAUGUGUACACAGAAAAUUAUUGAAAUGAUGACACAAAAGUCAUUCUGGGGUAAACAGCGUGCAGAGCUUCAGGCGUUGAAGAAAAGAGAAAAACUUUGGCGGUCAAAAUAUACGUUACUAGAUAGACAAUUUAAAGAACUGAAGCUUGUUGUAAAUCUUCAUAAACAAGAGUUAAAAAGCAAUGAAUAUGCUAGACCACAUGUAGUUACAAGGACUGUUGGUUUACAAGCAGUAUCGUGUCCAAGAAAGGAAGGUAGUAUGAAGUUACCAAAACAAGCAAUUCCUUUGCCAAGACCUGAUCCAGUAAGUAUUAUUGUUGAAGAUGAUGAUGAUGUUGUUGAAUUAGAAUUUGAAACAGAAUCUGCUAGUUCAUCAACUUCAAAAAUUACAAAUACGACUACAAAAAAGCAAAUGCCUCCCUUAAUUACUACAUCAAAAACGCUAAUAGUAUCUCCAAAAAAUGUUACUGCAUCUCCAAAAAUUUUUACUGUAUCUCCAAAGACUGUUACUGCUGCAAAGUCUUUGAAACCUAUCAACAAUGGCACUACUUCUACUACUAUAGAUCUAACAGGAAAUGAUGAUGUAAUUGAAGAAUCAAAUAUAAUCAAUUUGGAGGAUUCAAGUUCACCUAUCAAAAUUCCUCGCCGAAUUCCAGCGACGCUUUUACCAGGGACAUUCGUGACCAGUAAUUCGGGAAAAACUAUUACUUAUUUAGAGGUAUCUAAGAAUCCAUCAUCAUCUUCCUCAAGUCUUAUAACUGGAACAGCUUCACGCUCUCCUCGACAAACAAUUGUUUUAAAUAAAGACACCAUAAAUACAAGUCCAAAAUCCAAAAAUCUUAAACCAAUUUUAAUCGAAGUGUCACGUGUUGAUCCUGUACUAGUUCAGCCUUGUACUGUUACUUAUACUACACGUGUUCCAGUAUCUGGAACAUUACAACCAAUGUCAACAGCCUCUUAUGCACCACGCAAAAUAACAAUGUCUCAACUCUCUGCAUCAUUAAAAACAUUAACUCCAAGUUAUACAACAAGCCAAAUACCAGCAUCUCAUAUAUCUGGAUCAAUGCCUGGCAUUGCAUUGCCACAGGCAUCUCCUGGAACAUCUUAUACUACAUGCCGAGUACCAAUAUCGUUACGUUCAAUACAUCAUACAGGAUCUCAAUCGACAAGAAAACCGCCACCUCCUGCAAUACCACUCUUAGGACAUCCUUCUCCAGUACCCGGAAUUCCAAAUCAAAAGAGUCUUUCUACAUGGAAAAGAUUACCUCCCGCACCUAAUUUGACCAUUUCAAAAUCACCAGAAGUGCAAAAUGUGCCCCAAGCAUUAGUGCUCUCGUGGACUAUGAAUGUUAAUAGAACAAUUGCAGAAGUAAUAAGUUAUCAGAUAUAUGCUUAUCAAGAGACCCCUGACCAACCACCUAACAUUGACCUAUGGAAGAAAAUUGGUGAUGUAAAUGCUCUUCCUCUACCAAUGGCUUGCUCACUUACUCAUUUUUCAGAUGGUCAAAAAUAUCAUUUUUUAGUAAGAGCUGUUGAUGUUUAUACUCGUGUUGGGCCAUUUAGCACACCGAAAAGUUUGUAUUUGAAAUUAAUUUAAUGUUAGACAUUAGGAAGUUAAUUAUUAAUAUUCUGGUAUGUUUUUU